CUCUCUAACUUGUUAUAUAGCUAAAGAUGACCUCAAACUGCUGUACCCACUAAGUGCUGGAAUUACACAUGUAUGUCUGCAGUUAGCUUCUGUCACUUUCUUCUGAUGUAUCACACUGAAUCAAGAUUCCUGCCUGCCUUCUGCCUAAUCUGCCCUUUCCCUAAAGGCUGGAACUGGUCUCAUUCUUGUCUGUCUCAUGCUAGGACAUCUUACUUAUUUCAGUCUCCUUGACUGCCCCAGUUCUGAGAAGGAAUUUCAGGGCAGUAGGGUAAACUGACCUCACACUGUGGGCUCUAAAUCAGAACCCAAACAUUCCACUGCUCCAGAUGCUGGGCAGUCAGAUCAGUAUUUCUUUCUUUUGUUUGAAAAAGAACUUAUAAUUUUAGAGUGAUGGAUAAGGUUCAGAGCUUUUCUAUGUUUUUAUUUUGGUUUUUAUUGGAAUACCUACUUCCUGUCUGUUUGCCUUAUGCAGCUGAGUUAACAACAAGCUCACCAGGAAGCACCCAGUUACAAACACCAAAAGCUCCUAUGGAACAACCCAGAAACAACCUUGCAAUACCUGGACCAGAACACUCAGGACUUCCAAGCACAACACAGAAAAAGGAUACGCUUGAUCCUACAGAGACCACUCAUGUAUUCAUAGCACAUUUUGCAGCCCCCAGUUACAACUCUUGGAGUUCAGCAAUAAUUCCACGCAGACCUGGUCUUGUUCAUGUAAUUUCACUCUCAAGUAUAGCUUUGCUCAUUGCCCUGAUAUGUGGACUCAUGAUCUCCUAUUCCAUAUAUCGACUGGUAAAAGCUGAGGAAAAACAGCAGCUUGCGAUGUUGUAUGAAAAUGUCGAGAUUCCACUUUUAGAUGAGAAAGAGGCUUCUGAAGAUGAAGGUCAGGAUGAAUCUUCUCAGCUACAUUCCGAGAACGAGGAGCUGGAGAAAUUCAUUGGCUCAGUUAUUAGAACAAAAAGACGGGAAAAAAUUAUGAAGAAGAAAAUGAAGGAAGAGAAAAAUCUACUGAAGGAAAAUACAUCAGAGAGUUCCAAUUAUACUGAAAAAGUGGAGAGUCAUGACAAAAUGGAGAAGUAUGAAAAAGCAGAGAAUCUGUGAAAACAAAAGAAAGGUGUAGCAUGUGCUAGGCAAUGUGGAGACCAAAUUGCAGAGAUAAAAAGAUGACUGAGAAUAUGAACAGAACCUACUUCUAGAGAAUCUUGUUUAAGAAUAUUCUAGAGAAAGAAAUGUGAGAAGUAUAUAGCAGAAAAUAAAUUCAUAUGAUACAGAAACUCUUGCUUCUUAGCUGUAAUAGUACAUGCAUAAUUAUAACUUAAGUGGAAUAUAAAAAAACAGCCCAAGUUCCUUGAUAAUGAAAGACAAAUUGUCAGGAUUUUGUUCUCUCGCUCAAGACCACAAAUAUAUAUUUGUCCUUUUGGGGGAAGCUUCCAGACUGUGGUAGCAAAAUAUUUUCAUUAAACAAAACUUUCUAAGUAA